AUGGAUAGCACACUCUCAAGUGUCCAGGAUUGGACAAUGUUUAUCAGCCAACUCGCGACUCGCCUGGCGUCCGGCACUUUGCGAUCUCGAGAAUCAGAAGUGCCUUUCUGGGCAUGGCAGGACGAGCUUGCACGACUCCGGGUUUGGGCUCACGACAUCGGCCUAUAUCAGGCCGGACAUACAUCGCUGGACGAGAGGCUCUCCCAGAUCCCCCCAGUUAAGUCUCAGAUUUCACGUCAGAUGGCCAGAAUCAGGCGACUGGUGAGGGACAUAGAAGAAGAAUUAUCCUACCCGGACCAGAGCGGCUCGAUGGAUACAGAUACUGAUAGCGAGUUGGAAGACGACAAGGUUACCAAACCAACCACCACUCUUCAGGAUAUAUACACCAACCUCAAAGACAGCAUUGACGUUCUGAAUCGGAUGUCCAAUAUCGAAAUCUCUCGACGAGAAAUUGCAGCUGCGAGUCUGAGGAACAGCAGGACGGCGCAACAAACGGUCGAGGGAGUCAAUUUACAGCAAGAGAAAAGCAUGGUGGCAAAUCACCGUCAAUAUGAGCCCAGACCAAGAACAGAGGUUUCAUCUCUACCUGAGCGAGAACAAGUAGUUCUAUAUUACGACGAGGGAGGGUGUUAUAGCCGAGGAUCGGGGAUUGCCAAUGUGGCGACGGACCCAAGGUAUUGA